ACCACCACCAACCUCUUACGUCUCGUUUCCUUUUAAAGCCUCAAGAGCAGAGCUCGCGUAUCCGAAAGGUUUCUCGGCUUAUAACUCUUUUAUUUCUUCUUAUCUUCGACUGGGGAUUGUUGGCCCCCCGACACAAGCUCAGCGGAGAGUCAGACACAGUCAGUUAUCUCAAGCAGGCCGGUUAAGAAAGAACCGAUUGACCCCAAAGUGCAGUAGUAUUCGAGUUAUUUCAAAAAGUUCAGUCGUUUUACUUGUUUUGUUGAGCCGUUUUAAGAACACACAUCCAUCAAAAACCAUGGCAAACGUAUACGUCGGCUUCCACGAUCAGCGCAGCUGCAACCGCAUCCUGAAACCCCCCGGCGGCGGUACUUCCAACAUCUUCGGUACCGACUUGGUCGUACCCGACGUAAUACCGAACCAAAUCUCCCCGAAACGCGAAUCCAAACAGUCCACCACCAUCCAACACAUAAUCCAGACUGAAUCAUCCAGCACCAACACCACAAGUACCACCGAGGAAAACCUAAAUUCCUCCGCCAACAUCGAGGUUCCUCGCCAAAACGGUACCAACGAAGUUACAAUUAAGGAAAACGGUACUUCUAACCCUCCCGACGUCACCGCGGUGGUAACGAGCAAAGUAGAAGAAAUGAAAAUAGAAGAAAGAUCGACGAAGAGUCUAGUAACCGAAACUGACUCUUCAGGCAACACCAAAGUUAUUAGUAACGACUCAAGUUCUGAAGGGUCGGUACAGCUGAAUUCUAGCUUCAAGCAGGGUUCAAGUAUCGGUGAUAUACUCAAGCAGGACGAUGUGAUAGAGGAGAAGAAGAAAGUGAAGUCUCCAACGCAGCGUGUACCUCCAGGAGGGUAUUCUUCGGGAUUAUGGUAGAGUCAGUAUAGUUUAAACAGUAAUGGAGAUUGCAUCGGAGGAAUUAGAGAUUUGGUCACGUUAAUCUUUGCUAUAAUGGUCAUUUUAAAAUUAUAAAAAAAUGUUGUUAAAACUCUCAAUAUAAAGACGAUCAAGAAAAGAAUAAUUGUGUUAGUUAUUUCUUUGCAAAAAAAAUGAUAUAAAUAUUAUUAUCAUAUUAUAUCAACAGUAUUCAAUAGUUAAUUAUAUCAACAGUUAUCGUUCAAAAUUGUGUCAAACCAAAUUUUGUUUUUUGUCAUAGUUUCAAAACAUCCUGUGGGAAAAAAGGGUAAAAAAACUCUAAAAACUAAUACAAAAUGAAUAAAAAAACAAAGUAAUCACCUCAACCUAACAUUGUCUAGAAAAGAAAUUGUUCAACUCAUUAUUAUUGGAAAAAAACUAUCUAAUUCUGAUAAUAUACAGGAUGAGUCUUAAAUAAGUGUAAAUAUUUUUAGAGUGGUAUAUUUCGACCCCAGGAACACGUUUACGAGUUUUUUU